UAAUUUUUCCGUAACCUGAAGCGACAUCCUCCUGAUUCUCCACCCAAAAGGCGGGAACUAGGCUCGAGGCCGGGGAGUGAUGGGAUGCGCGUAAGUGCACGCCCCGCCCACCUCAGCCUCUGAUUGGUGAAGAGCCUUGGCUCGUGGCGGAGGAGUCCGUUUCAUUGGCUGUCCGUCUCGGGGGGGCGGGUACGCGACCUUGGUCCGGUUCCCUCCUUCCCAAUCCCCGGCUGCCGACGUGGGGCGGGCGGCCGUAGGCAGUUAGGGGCUGGGGUGUAGGUGCGGAGCUGGAGGCCCGGGAUGGGGGGGCUGCGGCUGCUGGCAGUGGCCCUCACCUGCUGCUGGUGGCCCCCGGGCAGCCAGGGGAAGACCCUGCGGGGCAGCUUCAGCAGCGCCGCGGCCCGCGACGCCCAGGGCCAGAGCAUCGGCCACUUCGAGUUCCACGGGGACCGUGCUCUUCUGUGUGUCAAAAUCAACAAUAUUGCAGUAGCGGUUGGAAAAGAAGCAAAACUCUACCUGUUCCAAGCCCAAGAGUGGCUAAAGCUGCAGGAAAGCAGUAAUGAUUAUAGCUGUAGUGAAAAAUUAUCCAAAGCUCAGUUGACAAUGAUCAUGAACCAGACGGAACAUAAUCUGACAGUGUCCCAGACCCCGUACCCACAAACGUGGCAGGUUUUUUAUGCAGACAAGUAUACAUGCAAAGAUGACAGUGAGAAUUCUCAGGUGGAAGAUAUCCCAUUUGAAAUGAUGUUACUAAAUCCAGAUGCCGAAGGGAAUCCAUUUGAUCAUUUUAGUGCUGGAGAAUCUGGAUUACAUGAGUUCUUUUUCCUACUAGUCCUAGUGUACUUUGUGAUUGCUUGCAUUUAUGCUCAAUCAUUGUGGCAGGCUAUUAAGAAAGGAGGACCCAUGCACAUGAUUUUAAAGGUUCUGACAACUGCAUUGCUGUUACAAGCUGGUUCAGCUUUAGCUAAUUACAUUCAUUUCUCCAGGUACUCCAAAGAUGGAAUCGGGGUACCAUUUAUGGGAAGUUUGGCAGAGUUUUUUGACAUCGCUUCCCAAAUUCAGAUGUUAUACCUACUUCUGAGCCUGUGCAUGGGCUGGACAAUCGUGAGAAUGAAGAAGUCUCAGAGCAGACCUCUCCAGUGGGACUCCACUCCUGCGUCCACUGGCAUCGCUGUGUUCAUCGUGGUCACGCAGAGUAUUUUGCUGCUUUGGGAACAGGUUGAAGAUACCAGUCCUCACAGCUACCAUUCCCACCACAACCUGGCAGGGAGCCUUCUGAUCAUUUUAAGAGUUUGCCUGGCAUUGUCGUUGGGCUGUGGGCUGUACCAGAUCAUCACAAUGGAGAGGAGUACCCUGAAGAGGGAGUUCUACACCACGUUCGCCAAGGGGUGUAUCCUGUGGUUUCUGUGCCACCCAGGUCUUGCCUGCAUUUCUGUUGUUUUUAGUGACUACCAAAGAGAUAAGAUUAUCACAAUAGGUGUUAUCCUCUGCCAGUCUGUUUCCAUGGUUAUUCUCUACAGACUCUUUCUGUCCCACAGUCUAUACUGGGAGGUUUCCUCACUCUCUUCAGUAACUCUACCGCUGACCAUCUCGUCUGGACACAAAAGUCGGCCUCACUUCUGAUGCUCAAUUUUGUCUGAAAGAAACAUGAAUUGGUUAAACAGAGUGCAAUAAGGAUCUACGUGUGAUGACUUUGUUUUCAUACUUUUGGUAUGAAAAAUUGAACUGAGAACGCAGAGCAUGUUAUUUUAUAUAACUGCAUUUAAGCAGUACUAAAACGGAAAACAGGUAAUAAAUGAUAUGCUUUGAAAUAUACUUAAUAAACUUUCACGAAAGAGCAUUGUUAUAAGUUGAUUUAUGCAGUUUCCAUUUGGAAAUGAAGAUGAAUGAAUUAUAUGUUAGUAGGAGAUUCACUACUUAUAAUAACCUCAUCUUCUAUAGUCAACUCAGGUUUGAUACUCUCACACAAAGUAAUCAGUUAAAUGAUUACUGGCUUAUCCAUAUCUAAACCAAGUCCAGUUAUGAAAUCAGUGUAGUAAGUACACUGAUUAAAAACUGCUUCGUUUUAUGCUUUCAGGGAAAUGCAUUUCAUAAUGGAGUUUAAAGCAACUGAAAGCGCAGUGGCUGCAGAAAAUGAAUAUAAAACAUGUUCACAGUGAAAUGAGUAAGCUUUUUAUCGGUGGCCAAGGAGUCUCCACCUUUUUCCUCUAAGUUUUGACUCUACUUCAGGUUGUAGCUUAAUUAGCAAAGAGUGUUGACAAAUUAUUUAUGAACUAGAUACAUUAUUCGCAUUGCAAGGUCAAAGAGUUUUAAAAUAUGAGCACUUAGGUGAAGGGACAAGCAGGUUUACAAGUUUAAAAAGAAAGAAGGAAAGUCACAUGUGAUAGGGUACUAAAAUUUUAAUCCCGAUAUAAUUCAUUUCUCUUACAUUGAAUCCCCAAUCGUAAUUAAGCCGUAUACACAGAUUAAAUUAACAGAAGCAUUUCACAUAAAUGUUGGUUUCAGUCAUCAACUACUCAUGAAUUCCUGCCCAAGGAUACUUAAUCAGGAUUAAAUUUUCUAUGAAUAAUUGAAAAACAAAAUACUCACUGGAUUUGUUAUAAUCCGUGUUGGCACUAGAUUCUAAGUGGUUGCCAUCUUGAACCUUUUGUAAUAAAGCCGUAUUUUCUGUGUGUGUGAUGCCCCAGAAUUGCGUAUUCCAACUAAAACAUACGCUACCCAGUGCCGAGGAAAGGCUGUUAAAUGGCUGCCAAUACCUGCAAUGUGAAGGGAAGUUCCCGCUAAUGGUCACUGAUUAGAUAUUACUCUGUUGUGGUCUGUCAGCUCGUCCUGGUUUUUUCAUGCCUACCUCUGGCUUAAAAAAUAUUGUUUAUCCACUUUCAAGGAUAUUACAACUUUAAGCAAGAAAUGGUGUGCUGAUGAGGUCAUGUAACAUUUUAAUUCAGUCUCUAAAAUUAGUGUGGCACAACUGAAAACGAUCUGGGCUUCAUCUUUGUUUUUCCUUACACCUCAUCUUACUGGAAGUGAAUAUUUAAAGGCAAGAUGUUUGUGUUUGUGACUAGCAAAAUGGCCCAGUGACAGUGUUCAGGCUUAUUAAGUCAUCUAACAGUUCUUUGUAAAUUAUUUAAUAAACUGGAGCUGCAGGUUGAGACUGGAAAGCCAGAGGUACAUUUUGGGGUUACAUGGUUUGCCUCUUUGUUUUACCACAGCUCACUAAUGACCCCAGUGAUUGUUGUGUUCAGAUGAGGCGCAGCUGAACACAAGCUGGGGU